AUGCUUUUCAAGAGCCUCGUCGCGGCGGCCGCGCUGGUCAGCACCGCAUUCGCUGCUCCAUCGGAGAAGCGCCAGAAUGCCAAGCUGAAAUGGUUCGGUAUCAACGAGUCUGGCGCUGAGUUCGGCGAGAAGAACUUUACUGGUGUAUAUGGAAAGGAGUACAUUUGGUACGAUUUCAAGACCAUCGACCAGUUCAUCGGCCAGGGCAUGAACAUGUUCCGUCUCAACUUCUUAAUGGAGCGUCUAACCCCCAACAACCUAACCGACGCAUUCGACCCUCUCUACCUAGGGAACCUGACCCAGCAAGUCAACUACAUCACAUCCAAGGGCGCAUACGCAAUGGUACAACCGCACAACUACGGCCGCUUCUACGGCAACAUCAUCACCGACACAGCCGGCUUCAAAACAUGGUGGAAGAACGUAGCCGCGCAGUACAAAGACAACGAACUCGUCGUAUUCGACACGAACAACGAGUAUCAUGACAUGGACCAAAAACUCGUCUUCGACCUCAACCAAGCAGCCAUCGACGGCGUGCGUGCCGCAGGCGCAACAAAACAGUACAUCACGCCCGAGGGAAACAGCUGGACCGGCGCGUGGACCUGGAUUUCCUCGGGCAACGGCGCCUCGCUCGUCAACCUCAAGGAUCCGCAGAACAAGCUCGUCUACCAGAUGCACCAGUACCUCGACACGGACGGCAGCGGCACGUCUGUGAACUGCGUCAGCGCGACGAUAUUCAAAGAGCGUCUGCAGGCUGCGACCAAGUGGCUCAAGGACAACAAGAAACAGGGUGUGAUUGGCGAGUUCGCGGCGGGAAAUAAUGCCCAGUGUAUUAGUGCGCUCAAGGACGGUCUUAGCUAUUUGCAGCAGAAUGGCGAUGUGUGGCUGGGCGCUAUCUGGUGGGCUGCCGGCCCGUGGUGGGCGGAUUAUAUUUAUAAUAUGGAGCCUGAGAAGGGCGUGGCGUGGACGGGUAUCUUGCCGCAGAUUAAGAGUUACUUUGUCUAG